CAGGGAUGGUGUCCGGCGGGGAAUAGUUUUACUUCCAGAUUAAUUCUGAUUCAGCAUCUACAGCAACACCAAGCACAACCAGAAUUGAAACUGACCCUGUGCUAACUACCACACAACACCAAGUCACUGCAUCACCUAUGCCUACUACGAUACCAAACACUGUUGAUUAUGGGCAUAAUAAUACUACUACAAUGUCUCAAACAAAUGCAACAACAGAAAUUCAAACAUCGACCUAUAGUAACACAACACAGUCACAUGUCACACCAACUGAUACUACGAGAGCUGACAUUGCAACAACAGAUAUACGACUCUUUUCCACCAAUAUAAUGACAUCGGUACCAACAAUAAACACAAAUUACAAAAUAACAACAAACGAUUCAGGCACAUCACAGCCAGUAGUCACAACAUCAUUUAAUAACGUAACAAGUAAUACUGGAAAUUCUGAUACUACUGCAGUAACUAAUCAAACAACACACACAACAACAAUACAGUUUCUAAUCACCUCAACUACCAACAUCACAACUGCUAUACCAACGACAGUAGAGUCGGUAUUCGGUACAACAGAUCUACCAAAGAUACCCUCAACACACAAUACCAGAACUUCAGUAAUAACGAAUGCCACGGACACGACAGAUUCUGGCACUCAAAUGCCAACUACGAUGUCGAGCAUUGACGAUUCCAAUCAAACUUUCUCAACACCAGAUUCCACUAUUGAUGCAGACAUUUCAUCGACUUUCUCAGCUAUUACAACUCAGCAGAGAUUCAUUUCUGAUACUUCUACAAUAACUAAUCAAACAACAACAAUAACAGAGCUACCAUCAACACGCAAUAUCAAAACCUCGGCAAUAACGAACGGUAGGAUCACUCACGAUUCUGGCACUCAAAUUUUAACUACGAUUUCGAGCACUGCAGAUUCCAAUCAGACUGUCUCUACACCGUUUAAUGACGCUUCAGUUUCUAUAAAGUUUACAUCAUCGCCAAUAUAUACCGAGACGACAACUAAUGAUUCAGCUUCUACCGGACCACCAGGCACAACCAGAAUUGAAACUGAUUACACUACUGUUGUAGACGUUUCAUCAAAUUAUUCAGAUAUUACAACUCAGCCAAGAUUCACUUCACCAACGAACACCAUAAUUUAUGAACACAACACUACAACAACACUUGCUCAAAAUAAUUCUGAUACUAUUACUACUACAACACCAAUUAUUGUAACGACAAAUCCAAGUUCUAAACUCAUCACCACCAGUGCGACACAGCCUUAUGUAGCUACAACAAUUGUUGCAACAACAGAGAAUGGAGAUUCUGAGCAUACUACCGCACAACAUCAAGUCAGUACAUCACUUAGGCCUACUACGAUCCCAAUCACUGUUGGUUAUGAAUUUAACACUACUACAACAUCAUUGCGAACAAAUGUCACAACACACAUUCAAACUUCAGAAUUUUCGACUCACAGUGUCACUUCAAAGUCACGUGUCACUUAUACUACAAAACCUAACAUUGCAACAACGGAUGUAACGUCUACUGAAGCGGCAACUACGUCGGCAAAAACUACCACACAUUACAAUAAAACCACCCAUCUGCCAACAACUGAGUCAAACUUCAGAUCGACUACCGAACAAAAUACAAACAUCACAACGCUGUCUAGAUUGCCUACACACGAGACAACAACGUUGAAUUUGCUUCCCAAGACGACAACAGGUAACACUCCGCCAACAAUCGUAUGCCCCAGUGACAUAUCAUCUACGGAUACGUCACCUGAUUGGGAAUUACCAAUCGUGAGUGACGAUGAAGCAGAGGUCGACUGUACAAAAAAUCCUGGCGAUGAGUACCAGGUUGGAUCUAUUACAAAAGUCACGUGCACUGCCAUAGAUUCUGUUGGGCAAGUGGGUAGCUGCUCUUUUUACAUAACUGUCGAAACUGUCCUAUCGGAAGAAAUCGCGAACCUUACUAAGAACGUUAAUGAUGAAAAUGUUGAAGAGGUAGCAAUAGAACUUGAAGAAAUCGUAGAGAAGGCGGAACUGGAACCAGCUGAUGUACAAGAAGUCUCAAAUGCGUUGGAAACUAUAGCCAACACCGAAUCUCCGAACGAAAAUGUGACAAGUGCAGUCGUAGGUACGGUGGACGCUGUAAUUGCCUCUGACUCUUCAGAUUCUGAUUUGCCACCUGAAACGACAGCUUUAAUCCUUGAGUCAUUCGAGCAGCAAAUUAGCACCGCCGCUACUGAUGGUCAGAAUUACACCCAGGAUGAAGAUACAGUGUCUGUGCGGACUUUAAGUUUUGAUUCAAAUCUUAAUUAUGAUGUUGUAUUCGUAGUAAAUGAAGACAAGACGCCUGACAUAUGUUUUGAUGAAGUUUGUUCGUCAAACGCCAAGAGUCAGUCUGUCACACUUCCAAAGGAUCUCCUAUCAUCAAACGAGGGCCGGACAAACAUCAGUUUUACUUCGUUUUACAACCCAAACCUGUUCCAGUCGGGUACAGCUGAACGGAAUCUCUCUAGUGUGAUUAUGUCAGCUACCAUUUAUAACGAAAGUCUCCCAGAGGUGUUCCAAAACCCAGUUGAACUUGUGUUCAAAGUACCAAAAUCUUAUUUAAACAGCAAUCCUUCUUGUGUUUUCUGGAAUGCAACCUUAGAUGGAAAUGGUAAUUGGUCAAUUGAAGGCUGUAAGCAUAUCGAGACAGGCAAUGAAGGCAGUGUAACGUGUCAUUGUACACAUUUAACAAACUUUGCUGUCUUGUUUGCCUAUCAUUUUUAUUUUGCAGUUUCCUAAUGAAAUUCCGCCUGGAGUUGACAUAUUUCUAGAUUUGGUGACCUAUAUCGGCUGUGGAGUGUCAAUUGUAUGCUUGUUAUUUACUGUAGUCACUAUUCUUUC